CAUAGUAAUCCAGGGUUGCUUUCCAAAGGAAAAGAAAAAAAGGACUUCAGUUUGUCCAGUGAAAAGGAUGCCCACGCCAGUAGCGGCGAUGAGAACUCAGAGCGUGGCAACUGGUCAAGCAAAGGCGACUACCUGCUCUCCAUGGUGGGCUACGCCGUGGGCCUGGGCAACGUCUGGCGGUUUCCCUACCUCACCUACCAGAACGGCGGAGGUGCUUUUCUCAUCCCGUACACCCUGAUGUUGGCCUUAGCUGGCUUGCCCUUAUUCUUCAUGGAAUGUUCCCUUGGGCAGUUUGCCAGUCUUGGGCCAAUUUCUGUCUGGAGAAUAUUACCAUUGUUUCAAGGAGUGGGCAUCACGAUGGUCAUCAUCUCGACGUUUGUGACGAUCUACUACAAUGUCAUCAUUGCUUACGCGCUCUAUUACUUAUUUGCCUCGUUUCAAAAAGUGCUGCCGUGGUCAGACUGCUUUUCCUGGGCAGACGAGUUCUGCAGCAAAACACGAUUAGUAAGCGACUGCAACACAACCUUAGACGGAGAAAUCAUUCAUGCAAACUACUCGUUCAUCUCCAGCAAAAAUCUCACGUGUAUAAAUGGCACCAUGAACUACAAACCCGUGCAGUUUCCCAGUGAGCAAUACUGGAAUAAAGUGACUCUUCAGCGCUCAAGUGGGUUGGACGAGACCGGUCACAUCGUGUGGUACCUGGCGCUCUGCCUCCUCCUGUCCUGGAUGAUUGUUGGAGCUGCGUUGUUUAAAGGAAUAAAAUCUUCUGGAAAGGUCGUCUACUUCACCGCGCUCUUCCCGUACGUCAUCCUGCUCAUCUUGCUGGUGCGAGGUGCCACCCUGGAAGGUGCUCUGGACGGCAUCGAAUACUACAUUGGGAGACAGUCCAACAUCACCAAGCUGAUGGAGGCCGAGGUUUGGAAAGAUGCAGCCACCCAGAUAUUCUACUCCCUGUCUGUGGCAUGGGGUGGGCUUGUUGCUUUGUCUUCGUACAAUAAGUUCCACAACAACUGCUACUCGGAUGCUAUUUUAGUUUGUGUAACCAACUGCGUCACCAGCAUAUUCGCUGGGUUUGCGAUAUUCUCCAUCUUGGGACACAUGGCGUUUGUGUCCGAGAGACCUGUCUCGGAGGUCGUGGACUCAGGAUUUGAUCUGGCAUUUGUAGCCUACCCAGAGGCUCUCUCCAAGUUACCAGUUUCUCCUCUGUGGUCCUUCUUGUUUUUCUUCAUGCUCCUGCUCUUGGGCCUUGACUCGCAGUUUGCCACCAUAGAAACACUUACAACCACCAUACAAGAUAUAUAUCCCAAAGUGAUGAAAAAGCUAAGGAUCCCUGUAACCUUGGGUGUGUGCAUAUUGCUCUUCUUCCUCGGUCUUAUCUGUGUUACUCAGGCAGGAAUUUACUGGGUUAACCUAAUAGAUCACUUCUGCGCUGGAUGGGGAAUCCUUAUUGCAGCUGUCCUGGAGAUAAUAGGCAUCGUCUACAUCUAUGGAGGGAACAGGUUCAUUGAAGACAUUGAAAUGAUGAUUGGCAAGAAGAGCCGUUUAUUCUGGCUGUGGUGGAGAAUGUGCUGGUUUUUCAUUACUCCUGUGCUGUUAAUGGCAAUUUUGGUCUGGUCUUUGGUCACGUUUUCAACUCCCACUUACGGCUCAGUGUUAUAUCCAGCUUGGGGAACUGCUGUUGGCUGGUGCAUGAUUAUCUUCUGUGUCAUCUGGAUUCCCGUCAUUGCUAUUCUAAAAAUAGUGAAAGCUGAAGGAAACCUUUGUCAGCGCAUUGUAAGCUGCUGCAGGCCGGCUGCAAACUGGGGUCCCUACCUGGAAUGUCACCGAGGAGAAAGAUACAGCCAUGUUGUAGAUCCCAAAAAGGAAAAGGGACACGAGAUUCCUACUGUGUCUGGCUUUGUAUACACUCAACACUGA